AUGCAUGCUCCGCCCACAACGCAAGGGGAGGAAAAUGCCCCGGAGAAGAAAGAGGAGAGUAAAAAGAAAGGUAGUGUGUCUCUUAGAGAAACGACUCGCGUGACAAUUUGGGGAAAAAUCUGCCUUAUCGAAGAAAAAUUUCGAGAGGAGACACCGUCCGCGCUCUGCGGUGUCUCGUCUCGUGGAAAUUGUGCUGCAUGCGUUUCGUCCUUCUGGGGCAAUGCGAAUUUGAGUCCUUUCUUUUUUGCCCUUCUUCUUCUCGCGGUGUUCUUCAUCUUCAGAACUCUUCAACAGGCCUUCACACUUGGAUCCGCUCCUCACUCCUCUUUUUUCUGCGUCUCAGGGGAACUCCUUCAGCUGGUGGACGCGACAACGAGUUUCGUCUUCCAUCCUUCUCCACGCAUUCACAAUCACCUGUUUCUCUUCACUUUUUUACUCCUUUUUGCCGCGAGCCUUUCCUCUCGCUUUCUUCUCCUUUCUGGGCCUCCUCUUCGCGUCCUUCCUUCUGCCACGGUUCGUCUGCUUCCCGGGAACCUUUUACCUGUCGUUUGUCUUCAUCUCCCUUCCCUCCUGAUUCGUUCUUUUUUUUUCUUUUCUUCUCCUUUCUCUCUCCUGCUUUCCCCCCUGUAG